GAUGCUUUAGUUUUUCUCUAGCGUGGCAACAGAGGAGCAGUCAAGGUGAUUUUCGGAAGUCUUGUUCGGAAUUUCUGCAAAGAUGUUACGAACCGCAUUUUCUAAUAAAAAUGUUUCAAAUAUAGCUGCAGUUCGCAUUUUUAGACCUGCAUGCUUUCAACGAGAAGAGAGUUCAUCUGCCGUAAAAGUAUUUACUCCUCAAGUUUAUGAAGAAGAUAAGAAAAAAAUUUCCGAAUUGCUGAGUAAAGAUCUGCCAAAACCUUACGAUGGGCCAGAAAGGGACCAUGUUAAUUUCCCUAGACGUGUGAGACCUGAAUGGCCUGGAAAAGUUAGGAUGGCAUUCCUUCCAGACGAAUGGUUUCAGUUCUUUUAUAAGAAAACUGGAGUCACUGGACCAUAUGUGUUUGGCACUGGACUUUUGACCUUUCUGUUCUCUAAAGAGUUCUAUGUAUUUGAAGAGGAGUUUUCCACUGGUUGUGCCAUCUUCUUGCUGGCUUACAUUGCAAUUAAAAAGUUUGGACCAGCUACAAAGGAAUAUGUGCAUAAAUAUAUUGAUAAUGAAUAUGCAGAACAACAGAAGCAAAAAGAUGAUAUAAUGAAAGAAAUUGAAAACAAAAUUGUGGAAGUCAAGAAAAAUGUAUGGCAUGCUGAAGGCCAAAAGAUUCUUAUGAAUGCUAAACGAGAAAAUGUCUUGAUGCAAUUGGAAGCAGAGUACCGAAGUCGUAUGAUGCAAGUGUACACUCAAGUCAAAAAGCGCUUGGAUUAUCAAUUGGAUUUAUACAAUACUAGAAGGAAACUAGAACAGAAGCACAUGGUUGAUUGGAUUGUAAACAAUGUAGUGAAAAGCAUAACCCCACAACAGGAGAAAGAGGCUCUGCAAAAGUGUAUUGAAGAUUUAAAACUCCUUUCUGCUCGAGCACACUGAAAAUAGUAUUUUAGGAACUGUAAAAAACCCAAUCCCAGGAUGUAUGUACAUUCAAUAAUCAAUAGCAUUGAAUUUUCAAACUUUUGGAAAGUGAUUAAAAGAAUUCUUAAUGUAGGUCAUUUCGUUGUAUGUUAAAAAAGAAAAACUGCUCCACAUGUAAUAAUCAUAUUAAAAUUUAUAAUAAUUUUUGUUAA